CAAGCCGUAGAUAUGGCAGCCGUCAGAUGAUCCCCGACCAUGCGGGAGAAGUCACGCACGCCGCGGGUUGCGUGGGGCAUCCUCAAGAAGGAGCUGCACCCGGGCUGCCAGGUGAGGCUCAAGGCGCUGCACGUGCAGCGCAACGGGCAGGUGGGCGUUGUCGAGGACUACGUGCCGGCGCGGCAGAGGUGGAGGGUGAGGUUGGGCAGCGGCAAGUGCCACGACUUCAAGGCGGAGAAUCUGGAGUUGGAGGCGCCCGCAGAUCGGCCCCCGCCUGACGACUGGGUGGGGCCCUCCACUGGGCCAGAGCUGCAGGCUCCACAGGCCUACAAGGACUUUAAGGAGGAGGAAGGGAAGACCCCAGCGGUUCCCACAAUUUCUGCGGGGUGCUUGGUGGUUCUGCAUGGGCUGAAGACUGCCGAGCUGAACGACCAGAAAGGGGAGGCGGAGGCCUUCAUGCAGGACUCGGGCAGGUGGCGGGUGAAGCUGGCCAGCGGGGCGGUCAAGGAUCUGAAGCCCGAGAAUCUGCGGGUGCUGGAGGCCAAAGAGCUUCAGGUCUUCUCGGAGUUGGCUGCACUCGAGGCGGACUUGGACGACUUCCAGGUCUCCAAGGGCGAUCGCUGCGGGCCCGGCAACCGCUUUGUCAUCGAGGAGAAGCUCGGGGAAGGCACUUUCUCCACCGUCUUCAGCUGCCGGGACGAGGAGCGUAAGUACGCGGUGAAGUUCACCAAGACCAACGAGCAGACAAGGCGAGCGUUGGAGCGGGAGGUGAAGAUCAUGAGCCAGCUGAUUACCAAGGUGGCCGCUUUGGAUCCGCAGGGGGUGCAGUGCAUCCUUAGCCUCGCCUUCUUCGAGUCUUUCGUCCACCGGGGCCGGCUUUGCGCCGUUUUCGAGCUCAUGAAGUGUAAUCUGCGCACUGCCUUGGCCAAGUACGGUGCCGGCAAGGGCCUGCCACUGCUUCCUACAGUGCGGGACUUCGGGCGCCAGCUGCUGUGGGCUUUGCGCGCCCUGCGUUCGGCCAACCUGCUGCAUUGUGACGUGAAGCCGGAGAACCUGCUGCUGGCGCCGGACAAUAUGUCCAUCAGGCUUUGUGACUUUGGCAGCUGCCACGGGCCCGCCGAUCGCAUCAAGUCUGAUCAGCUCAUGCCACGGAACUACCGUGCUCCAGAGAUUAUCCUCGGACUGGACUACAGCUUCCCCAUUGACAUGUGGAGCGCGGCCGCGACGCUCUUUGAGCUGGCCACGAGCGCCGUCUUGUUUCAGGGUGAGACAAACAAUGAGAUGCUCCACGAAAUGAUGAAGGUGUGUGGACCCUUUCCGCUGCCCCUGGUGACCUGCGGAAGCUUUUGCUCUAAGCACUUCGGCGCCAACGGGGACUUCUUGAACGCAAAAGGCAACGUGGCCAUCGAUUCAUUGAACCCACGCGUGCGGCCGCUGGCGUCCUUUGAUCCACCCUCUCGGCCCCUGCCAUUCCUGCUGGAGGAGGCACUCAAGACGCCCCCCAAGGGCGUCCCGGAGAGCCGGCACCAAGGCAUGGUGGCACACCUGGCCGGCCUCCUGGAGCACUGCUUGCAAGCUGACUCCUCGACAAGGCCAACGCCGGAGGCAGCAUUGGCUCACAAGUUCUUUCAGAAGGGUGCCUGAGCUGAUGCGGUGAGUCGGUUUGAGCUAUUCACCCAUGAUGCCUUGUCA